AUGAUGGGACAUCCAGACUUUAUAGCUGGUGAUUUCCAAUGGCUGCUGGUGCAGGAGUAGCAGCGCUGUGAUGUGGAAUAGUGCUCAGAACUAGAAGAAGAUGGCUAUUGGCUGGCUUUGUCUCUAUCAGCUGGCCGGCACAAGGAACCAGCAUGGCCCGGGGCUCACAAGGACAGAGCCCGGCACUACAGGCUACAUGAGUUGCUGUGGAGGCCAUCACUACUUUUCUAGAUCACCGUAUCCUUAUAUAGGAACUGCCAAAGCAGGAAAAAAUCCCCAUAGCAAACCUCUUCUGCUCCGGACAGUUCCUGAUAUGGACAGAGGUGACAGCAGAGAGCACUGUGGUCAGACAGAAAAGAAAUUCAUGUGGAACAUACUGCAUUUGAGAAAUUACUGCUACUUUAAAAUGGCACUUAUCACUGGUCAGUAUGUGAUGAAGAAGGACCUACAACAGAAUUACUUCAAUCUGUGAUCCAACAUGAUGUCCCUAUGACAAGGUUGACAGAUGGGAUCAUCUCAUAGUUGUCUGAUAAGGACACUUGAAGUAAGAAAGUUAGCAGUUGUCAUAUACGUAAUAAUUGUUCUCGCCACACAUAAGGAGUUCGCUGUAGCAUCAAUUAGGGACAUAAGGAGACAAAAUUCACACUUUUGCAAAUGGGGCUCACUUUCCCAGAGACCCCCUGCAUCUGACUCAUUCAAAAGGCUGAUGAUUUUGACACGUCCCUAGUCCUGGGAAGAAGACUCUUCACACCUCUGGACUCAGUAUAUAAAGCAGGGAAGCUAAGUGCCAUCAGUAUUUGGACUGACUGUCAAGAAGAACACAGCUUUUGGGAAAGAAACUGAAGGACAAUCCUGGACCCUAUGAUGCCUCAAGACUGCUCCUUUGUCCCUGACUGGGUCUAUCCUUCUUCAUGCUCACAUUCUCCAGGGUCGUCUUCGGAGUCCUACAUUCUGUCACCCAACUAUCCACAACCAUCCUUGAAUACUGAGACUAUUGGCAACUACCUUCAGGAUCCAGGGAUGAAUAUGGCUUGCCAUCAAGCUGAAAAGUCCCCUGUGACAUCUAAAAGAACAAGAUGCAAGAUGAUGGGCCCUCAAAGACAAAACGCCAGUGAACGGGAGAAGCUGAGAAUGAGGGAUCUCUCCAAGGCUCUCAAUAACCUGAGAAGAUACCUACCACCCUCAGUUGUGCCAGCAGGCCGGAACCUAACUAAAAUCGAAACCUUGAGACUGACAAUAAGCUACAUUUCCCAUUUGUCACAGUUACUUGGUUUAAAUGAAGAGACCUUGAGCCAGAAAAGAGAACCUCAACCUGAAAUGAAUGCUACAUGUCCAAAGAUUCCAGAAGGAUACCAAGAAGUGACCUGUCGGCACUAUCAGCAGAACCAGCAGCAGUCCCAAAGUCCUGUCUGCAAUGAACUAUCUUACCAAUGCAACAAUGUCCGAAUUUCCUCUACACAAUACAACACCAGACAACAAGAAGAACAAUGGAUUUCAUCACCAUUCCAUCAUAGAAGAAAUCCAGCCGCUGACUUCAGCCUGACAUCUCCUUAUUCUUCAAGGUUCACACAUACGUUAUACCAGGUUACAGGUGAUCAAGCAGCGAACCUUCACCCAUCACAUCUACCAUACUUAAGAGAAAAUGACAGCUGUCUGAGGAGCAGUGACCCCCAUUUCAAUUUCAUCAAUGGUUUGCAGGCAUCUUGAUAAAAGUAUAUUGAGAAAUCCUACCUUGAACUGACUAUUAUCAAAGAACAUUUCUAAGACAAGACUAGUUUUUGGAACGGACUAUAAUGUAGAAAAAAAGACGUUCUGCAGUCAUUUAUUCCCCUAUUAUCUGUACAGUUUAAUGAGGCUUUGCACAUGUGGUGGAUUCUACAAAAUAGUAUAUAUUUCUAAUCUCAGACUGCUAUGUACUGAUGUGUUCCUCCUCAAUCAGUUAGGAUUAGAAGUAUUAUUUUAUUCAAAAUGGGGGUUGUUCUUUGUAUUUAUUUAAAGGGGUUAUCCAGGAUUACAAAAAACAGAUGAUUUCUUAAAACAAUAAAAGAAAAACAAACAGCACCACACCUGUGGGAGUAAAUGGAGCCGAAUUGUAAUACCAAACACAACCUGAGGACAGCUGUGGUGCUGUUAGUGAAAGAAGUUAGCUUUGUUUGUCUAAUCCUGGAUAACCCCUUUAAUUUUUCUAUUUCUAUGUUUCUGAUCCAUUCUUUUGAGCAAAGAGGCCGCAGCUGCACAGAAUUCCAUGUUCAUACCUUCAUGUGACUGUAUGUAAAGUGUCAGUAAGGACACACACGCAUAUACAACGCAUUGAGCCUCUAUACUGCUACAGGUCCGACUGCUGGGACCCCUGUGAUCUCAAGAACAGAGUUCAGACCUCUGCUCUAUGGCAACAUGAGACUCUGGACCUACCUUUAGUAUAUGUGUACACCUGGUAGAUUUGCUGCAGGAAGUUCUACAACUGUACCUUUUAUUCCCGUACUUGAUAACCUGUAGUGAUGUAAGAAAAUCAAAUGACAACAGGAGAAUACAGACCUUAAAGCGGUACUCCAGUGGAAAACUAUAUAUAUAUUUUUUA